GCCAUAUAUAAGUGGAUGGUCAGGGAAACGCCUGUCAGUAGCUGAAUGCUCUCUCUGAGGCACUCAAGUACACUACACACGACACUGCUGUUCUCCCACUUUGCAGAUAUGAGGAUGUUGUCGUGCUGGUGGUUGUUGGUGAUAGCAGUGGUGGAGGUGCUGGUGGGGCCAUCCUCGGCAAAGGUUUACAAGAAGUGUGAGAUGGCCGGGAUACUGGAGCGUCAGCUACGUUUACCUCGAGAUCAGAUCAAGAACUAUCUUUUGAGCGAUAAUCUUGGAACUGCCGUUACUUGUGCCCAGAAGAUCUUGAAAUCCCAAGGAUAUAAAGCUUGUUUUUCAGAUCUGCUAGAUGACAACCUGAUAGAUGACCUAGCCUGCAUUCAGAAAAUCAUUAAGGAUACCGAGAGAUGGAACGGAAAGGGUUCCGGCCUGCGGGCUUGGGUUGCAUACGUGAACAAGUGCAAGAAUCGCGAUCUAAACGAGUACCUGUCCAAGUGUUGGUCAGGUGCCUCCAACAUCAUCAACAUUAAAAACGUGUUUCCCCAGAAACCUGCGAAUCAGACAGAAAACGAGAAACCUGUGGACGCUGGGGAAAACUGUCUUAUUAUCAACCUCAUACAUGUUCCUACCGGACUUGGCCUUCACACUCCCUUUUCACCAGUACUUUACAACAGCAACCACCCGCUGCCCAGACCUACAGUCGUUGGUUACCUCUUUUACAGCUGGGCAUUAAAUAAUGUAUCACAAGGACUCCAAAGGAAAUAA